ACGUUUUAGUUAUUUUUUUUAAAUACAAGAGCAAGGACACAUCUCAGUGACACCAUACCAACUAUAAAAAUAUAUUUAAAAGGCCUGAAACGGAUAGGUAGCUAAAAAGCGUAAACAGAGGAAACAUUUGCAGAAGCUACAUAUAAGCAGAAGCUACCAACAACCUAUAAUACACAAGCAACUCAAUCUUAAAUAAAAACCCACACGGAAAACUGUAAAUACGACCCAAAGUUUUCGAAGUUCUCAAUUUUAAUUAAUUAAUUCAGAAUCGCUAGUUACUUGCUAUAUAUAGAGGGUGAACGAUUUGAAGUGUUACCAACUUCACAUUGCUUGUAUCUGUAAAACAGCUCAUGACAUCAACGUCAAAAUUGUUCUAAUGACAGUUCAAUACAGGUAUAUUGUUUAUGAGCCAUCAAAAGCAUUUGCGUCUCAGUUUUGUUUUUCUGUGAUGGAAUGCAAACGUAAUAGUGUGAUUGCGUUAUAUUUGGCUGGAAAAUCACAACCAGCCAUUGUUCGUGAGCUCAGUCACCUCAAAGUGAAUGAAAUGUUUGUGUAUCACACUAUAAAACGUUACAAUGAUACUGGUAGCAUUGCGAAACGCUAUGGAGGUGGACCAAAAAAAACCACAAAAACGCCAGAAAUGGUUCGGAAAGUGAAGGCUCGACUUGAACGAAAUCCACGUCGAAGUGGAAGAAAAAUGGCCAAAGAACUGAAAAUAUCACAAGACAGCAUUCGACGCAUAUUGAAAAAUGAGCUAAAGGUAAAUUUCCCAAUUGAGCAGUUCAUAAACACUCAAAACGAUCGGGUUUACUUGAACGAACGCUCAUACGAGAAUUGGAGCCUACGUAUGGCCACUGGAAGCAAUUUCCCAUCGCAAGUAAUGAUUUGGGCCGCAGUGACCGCUGAUGGACGCUCUCCAAUCGUUUUUAUCGAGCCUGGUGUCAAAGUGAGUGCGACUUAUUAUCGGGAAAAUGUUUUAGAAGCUGCUUUAGAGCCGUGGACACGCAAACAUUCCGGUCGUAGACCAUGGACGUUCCCACAGGACUCGGCACCGUCUCAUAAAGCUCGUGUGAACCAAGAAUGGUUAAAAAAUCAUGUUCCACACUUCAUUUCGUCCACACAAUGGCUUUCGAAGUCGCCAGACGCAAACCCGAUGGACUAUUCCAUCUAGUCCAUUUUGGAGAGCAAGGUGAGGACUAAAAAAUAUGCCAGUAUGGAUGCGCUGAAAAAAGCGAUUAUACGAGAAUGGGCCAAAAUACCUCAAGAUCACAUUCGUGCAGCAUGCAACUCAUUUUUUUACCGUUUGAAGGCUAUAGUCAAGAUAAAAGGUGGUCACAUCGAGCUAAAAUGAAUAUAUGUUGAAAUUGUAAUCAUUUUUUAAUAAUAAUUAAAAAAUAAUCAAUAAAAACUAAUUUAACACAGAAAAGUUAUGGUGUUUUGAAUAGGUAACACUUCAUAUCGUUCA